CCCUUAAAGCAAUUUAUUUUUUGACAUUUUCUUCGAAAUAUAAAAAUUUCGUUAAUUUAGUAUAAUCUAUUAUACGAUACAAUUAUGAAGAGAGUAAUUAUUUUCGUCAAUGGAACUGAUGUUAAUGGCAAGGUAUUAGUGGUGACUCACUCAUUGGAUGAAUUAUUAUCAGCGGCUAACAAAAUUGAUAUAACUGCAAAAAAAAUUUUUACAUCACAAGGUGGAGAAAUUGAUGAUAUUAAAUUAAUUAGAGAUGAUGACAUUCUGUAUGUUUCAAAUGGAGAAAAUUUUAUACACAUAAAUAAAGUGUGUAGUUAUGAUCGAGUAAAUACAAAUUCAGAAUGGAUUACACUGAAUAUUGGAGGAAAAUAUUUUACCACAACUAGAAACACUUUGACAAAGAAAGAGCCUAUGAGUAUGUUAGCAAGAAUGUUUACAGAAACUACAGAUGCGGAACAUGCAAUACAGCCAAGUAGACAAGAUCAUAAUGGAGCAUAUUUAAUUGACAGAAGUCCUGCAUAUUUUGAACCAUUAUUAAAUUAUUUGAGGCAUGGUCAAAUAAUACUUGAUUCAAAUGUUAAUAUAGCUGGAGUAUUGGCAGAAGCUUGUUUUUAUGGUAUUGAAGGUGCUAUUCGAAUCCUUACUGCAAUGGCAGAAAAGGAAGAAUUGCAGAAAGAGGGUCUUAUAUCUCUAACUCGCAAAGAUGUACUUAAAGCCAUCAUGUCAACACCAACUAAUGCAGAACUUAGAUUCCAGGGAGUUGAUUUUGUAAGAGCUGAUCUUUCAAAACUAGAUCUUAGGAAUAUAACUUCAAGGUACAAGUAUGCUAUCAUGCACCAUUGUAGUCUGGCAGGUGCUAAUUUAUCAAUGUGUUGUUUCGAGCGUGCUGAUUUAUCUCAUGCUAAUUUGCAAGGUGCACAACUUGUAUGCGUUAAAAUGUCAUGUGCAAAUUUGGCCGCAGCUAAUCUGCAUUCAUGCAAUUUUGAAGAUCCUGGUGGUCUACCGGCAAAUAUGGAAGGUGUAAAUUUGAAAGGUGCUAAUCUUGAAGGUAGUAAUAUGGCAGCUGUCAACCUCCGAGUAGCCACAUUAAAAAAUGCUAUUCUUAAGAACUGCGUUUUGAGGUCUGCUGUUUUGGCUGGUGCUGAUUUGGAGUGCUGUGACUUAUCUGGCUCUGACUUACAGGAUGCAAAUCUGCGUGGUGCAAAUUUGAAGGACACUGCUUUUGAGUUAAUGUUAACGCCACUGCAUAUGUCUCAAACAAUACGAUAACAAUGAAUGUUAUAUUGCAUAUUUUUGCAAAUUGAAUUUUAUAAUAAUGUGUGUAUGUAU